GUUUUAUUUCGUUUAAAAUUUUCUUUGAAGUUCGUUUAGAUUUGUAGAGACGCGACCGCGCGUGGUGUUGUACGCGCGCUGACUGUCCGACUUGCAUCCAUAUUAAUUGUUUUGAAAACUCAACACGGGCUGGUAUGAUGCGGUGCAGUCUCAUCCUUGCGAUCCAUGUUUGGCCAGAUGUCUGAGAGGUUUUCAUUUCGGAGGCUAAGAUACACUACGGAACGCCGAUCCAGAUAGAUAAGUAACAGUCUGUUUUUUUUUAUUGCUUAGAUGGGUGGACAAGCUCACAGCCCACCUGGUGAUAAGUGGUUACCGGAGCCCAUAGACAUGAAUACACACAUUAAUUUUUUUAUUUGUUUUAUUGCCCUUGUAGGCAGACGAGCAUACGGCCCACCUCAUGGUGAGUAGUUACCGUCGCCCAUGGACUUCAGCAAUGCGAGGGGCAGAGCCAAGCCGCUGCCUACCAGCCAAGCCGCAGCCUACCAGCCAAGCCGCUGCCUACCAGCCAAGCCGCUGCCUACCAGCCAAGCCGCUGCCUACCAGCCAAGCCGCUGCCUACCAGCCAAGCCGCUGCCUACCAGCCAAGCCGCUGCCUACCAGCCAAGCCGCUGCCUACCAGCCAAGCCGCUGCCUACCAGCCAAGCCGCUGCCUACUCAAUUACUAAAGCAAAAGCCAAAUUUAAAGGACGUUAUGAAUUUUUUGAAAUGUGUUCAAAUAAAAUAUCGGAAACGAAAAAUAAUGAUUCAUUUGAUAAGAAACGUUAACACUUAUCGUUUUAGUCAGUUCAAAAUUAAUGAGUGCGUAAUGCCGAGUUUACAUUACGAAAUUAGUGUCUUGCAUGUUGAGCUCAGUUUCACGAAAGUAGUUUCGAUAUACGCGAAAGUAAUUUCGUUAAAAAAUUAGUGUCGCGAAAUCCACAGUAUCGCAGUAACCAUGGCGCCGUUAGCAUCAAAGCUAUAAUUUGCUAUAUUCAAUGUAGCUAAAGAAAUGCUUAUAUACCUAUAAACUUAAAAAAAGACUAUCAAGAAAAAAAAGUUGGUAGAUUCGAGGAUGGUCAACAAGAAGGCAUUUAGGUGCAAUGAAGUUAGUCUCUGAAUUAGCAGAUGAAGAUCCUGAGAGUUAUAAAAACUAUUUUCGAAUGAGUGAAGAUAAUUUUGAUUUUUUACUAUAGGUGUUUCGGGACCCUUGUCAUUGAUAUUCAUUAAUAAGAUCUAUAUUUUUUUCUGUACUCCAUCAUUGGUUUGCCAUUUUCAACGCUUGAAGCGCGUCCGAACUAACAAUACACACGUCCGCACAGCGCAGGCCCUUUCGCGACAUUAGUUUCACGUCGCGUUUACACUAUGAAAUUAGUUGCAUGACAUUAAUUUCACCAAAAAAUCGCGCAGGGCACGAAACUAAUUUCCAUGCAUGAAAUUAAUGCAUGCAUUACGAAAGUAUUAAAUUACACGUGAAACUGUUAGUAAAACUAAUGUCACGAAAUUAAUUUCACGCCACUAAUUUCGUAAUGUAAAUUGGCUUAAUCUAAAGUGCACGGCGACACGCUAAGACACACGAGACGGUAGACGCUACACCCCAUUUCUGCUUAGUUUGAGUUACAUUACGUACUGUAGUACAAAGUGCAAAGAACAGAGAAUAGGUAACUAUACUGAGACCUUAGAACUUAUAUCUCAAGGUGGGUGGAGCAUUUACGUUGUAGAUGUCUAUGGGCUCCAGUAACCACUUAAUACCAGGUGGGCUGUGAGCUCAUCCACACGUCUAAGAAAUGAAAAAAAAAACCAGCAUAAUUUGUAAAUUUGCGUCAUUGCUGAUGGGCGUGGUGACAGUUCGUCCUGAAGCCCCCCACCGGUAGGACACAAUUGGCUCUGACCACUUAAGAAGACCACACACGAGCUUACUUAGCAACGAAACAAACCAAAAACCGUUUGGACAAUUUAGAGCUUAUUACAUACUAAACGAGAGCCUGUAUCGAGUUACUAAGCGAAUCUUACAAAGCGUGCCAGCACCGUAUUACUAAUAGAUGUUAAGAUAAAAUCAAUUUUGGAGCUCCACAUGACAAGUUAAUGUGGGGCGCCGACACGUCACUCUAUACCGAUCCAACUGCGAUACGAUAAAUUUUAGAUAAACUUUAAAUCAACUACCGACAACCAUUACUACUGCUGAUACGCUAUUCUAUAGGAAUUUUAUAAGAUAUCCGAAAUCGUCGUGACCUAAACGAUAAGACGGUGUACUACUCGUAUCGAGCUUAUGCAACUGUGCCGAUGUUCAAAUCCCGCAAGCAGUAAUAUUUAUCUAAUUUUUUAAGAGAUUUUAUGACCUGGUAACUGAGACCUUUAAGUCAUGUCUUAUUUUAAUUUAUAUUAUUAAUAUUUUUAUGAAAAAUGAUAUUAUGGAGUGAAAUGAAAUGAAGACGAUUAAUUUGAGACACUAAUCAACUGGGAUGAAAUGAAAUUAAAUGAGAUGAUAUGGGAUGAAAUAUAAUCUCAGUAAAAUGGUGGUCAUUUACUAAGAUUUUUUCAUUGGACUUUUUGGAGGAUCCCGAGAAGUUACGUCCAGCGGCUUUGUUUCAUUUUCCCACAUUUGUGCACUUUCACAGAUAUUAAACAGUUAAUAAACCACCAUUAUUACACAUGUAAAACCGAAGAAACACUGAAUAGACAAAAUAAAACAAAUCACACAACUCUUCGCGUUCCCGCCAAAAAGUCCAUAUUUAUCUAAAUAAAUAAGCACAUGUUCACAAAGGACUUACGAUGAAGGUAAACAUAACAUUUUAUAACAAAAAUAAUACCCGCAACAACAAAAAAUUGCGUAAUUACUGGUGGUAAUGCAUUUUCUGAUCCCGCACGGAUAGGUACCACCAACGCACCUGCUUUUACUGCCAAGUACUAAUUCGUUCCAGUUUAAACUUAAAUCUCAUGACUCAAGAUGAGUGAUGGCAUUCGCGAUGUAAUGUCUAUGGCUUUCAAGGUGAGAUGUACACAUAAAAAAAAAAAAAAAAAUAGCUUCUGAAUUUCCGGAAAUAUACUAGUUUUGUAUCGCGAUAGUAUUAAUCUCGUACGAUUAUAUACCUCAACAUUGAAAUAGUAGUAAUUCAUUACUAAGUAACGUAAAAACUUAUUUAACAGCCUGGCCACGGGACAUUCGCCGAUGCGAAUAUUCGCGCGGUGCGAACGGCGAAGCGUCUAGCGACUAAAACAAGCGCAUAGAAAUGUACCUAACAAGCCACGCGCACCGGCGACCGGCGAAGCGACCGGCGAAAUGUACCGAGCGAAUCGCGCGAUGCGGCGGGCGAGCAAAACAAAUGCAUGAAUACGGACGGCGCGAGCCACGGAGUCGAGCGGUAGUCGCGGCGAAUAGUACAGUGAUUAAAUGAGUUUAGUUGUUUUCGCCGCGAAAAAUUAACGCCGAAAUUUUUAUAUUUUUUAUUUAUUUUUUAUUUUAUAUUUUUAAAGUCGUCGUGGCCUAACGGACGUCCGGUGCAAUCGUGUUGAGCGAUGCACCGGUGUUCGAAUAUCAGGCGGGUACCAAUUUUUGUAAUGAAAUACGUACUCAACAACACUCAACGUUCACGAUUGAUUUCCACGGUGAAGGAAUAACAUCGUGUGAUAAAAAUGAAAUCUUCAAAAUAAUAAUUUGCGUAAUUACUGGUGGUAGGACCUCUUGUGAGUCUACACGGGUGGGUACUACCACCCUGCCUAUUUCUGCCGUGAAGUAGUAAUGCGUUUCGGUUUGAAGGGUGAGGCAGCCAUUAUAACUAUACUUGAGACCUUAGAACUUAUAUCUCAAGGUGGGUGGCGCAUUUACGUUGUGGAUGUCUAUGGGCUCCAGUAACCACUUAACACAAGGUGGGCUGUGAGCUCGUCCACCCAUCUAAGCAAUAAAAAAAUAAAAUAGCUGAAAUACUAGCUAGACCAGCUAUUUGGAAGUCUAGCCACCCAAAGUAUUUCUCGUACUUCUUGUGGAAUUCUCCAUCUAUAGGUAUACUCCGAUUCUUAUUCAAAUCAUGUACUUCACAAUCUUUUCCAAAUAAUAGGUCCUGAACCAAAAAACUAUUAAUUUGUAAGCAAUAUCGAGAUAAUUUCGAUAUAGACAUUUCGCUGUCGGACUUCCUUACUAGUCGCGGCGGCGAACGUGAGUACCCGUGGCCUGCAAACGGUGCUGCGCGAAUGGUCGCCUCGCCCACCGCUUCGCUGUUCGCACCGCCGAUCCCCGUGGCCAGGCCGUAAUACAUUUUAGGAAGUUAGUAUUUCGCCAUAUUUAAGCAACGGCCUCACACAUAAGGUCAUUAACCCCACGCGUCAGCUGGUUUGUAUUACAAAGCUUAUUAAAAAAUUUUAGUACAAUCGACAUUUUUUUCACCACGACUUUUUUAUGAAUAAGGGAUUACUGGUGGCCCAGAGGCCUUUCGAGUUUCACCAGGACAGGUGGGCGAGCAAAGGCUCAGCCAGGAGGGGUAGGAUUAGCUAAUAGUUGCCCGAGCGCCUCCAAAGGAGACCUAACAACUGCUUCGCGAAUGAAUCUACUACCGGAUCGGAAUCGCGACCCACUGAGAAGAUCUGGUGAGAAACUCAGCGGGCUGAUGCAUGGGUUUGGUUGCACGUCGAACUCUUUGCCGAGUUCGACGAGUACGAUUACCGGGGUCCCUAAGCUUGCUCCUAGCAUUAGAGCUGAAGGCGUCCAAAGCAAAGGUUAUUGGAUCUGAUGGAUCCAUAAGGACGUGUCUAGGGCUUCACCACGAUUACCGACUGCCGUAUAUUUGGAAAGUGCUCCAUUUACAUAAAUUUUAUUGACUCACAAACAUUUGUUUUUGCGAAAAUGUUAUUUAGAAACUAUUACAUCACUAAAAAUAAAAUAUUUAUAUAGUUUGAGGUCGCCGGCUUUACACCGUCGGGGAAACCGAAGGACUAGAUACAUUAUGAAAUCAAUGAUAUUGAGUAAACAAAGAAACCGGUUUUGCUAGUUAAAACUUUUUUGAACUGAUCGGGUACGUACCUGCUAUAUAGUAAACAGUUUUCAAAAUAAAUAUAAAAUUGGCUACUUUUACUACAGACUAGAGGUCCCGCAGUAGUCGAAAUUCGACUAUAAUUAAUUGGAAUUGUAAGUUUGUACACUAUUAUGAUUAUAUUUUCAACGCCAAGAUUACACUAUAGAAAAAUAUUAAUAAAGACAAACAAUAUUUAAUCUAUUCUCAAUUAGACCACAGACGUCAAGAACAAAAGUUUGACAAUAAAUAAAUAGUAUGCAUACGUGUGUGUGUCAAAUACAUGGUAGUGUGUGUAAUGUUUUCUUUAUUGAUUUAAUGUAUCUUUUAUGCAUUAUUUAUAAAAUAUAUUAGCAUUGUGCACUUCCUCUCUAUAGUCUCCAUUAGUGUGGAAAAUUUCAUACUCCUCCGUCCGCGCAAUUUUCGUAAAAAGGGAUACAAAGUUUUUGCUUCACAUAUUUAAUAUAUAGAUAUGAAUUUAUAUACAUAGUUGCACACAAAACAAUGUGUAUCAUAAUUCCGCUGUUUGUCAACGGAUUGGAUUUGUUUAUUUUUAUUAAAGCGUAGUUUGUUGAUUUGUGGUAUUAUACAUUAUUUGCUAAUGUUUCAGAAGAUGUAGUGGCCUAAUUGAUAAGAUACCCGGUGUAUUCAUUUCAAGUAUUCCGAUGAUGCCAGUGUUCGAAUCCCGCAGUCGGGUAUAAUUUUUCUGACAAAAUUCGUACUAUGUAUUUUAUAUGUAUUUUACUGGUGGUAGGACCUCUUGUGAGUCCGCACGGGUAGAUACCACCACCCUGCCUAUUUCUGCCGUGAAGCAGUAAUGUAUUUCGGUUUGAAGGGCGAGGCAGCCGUUGUAACUAUACUGAGACCUUAGAACUUAUAUCUCAAAGUGGGUGGCGCAUUUACGUUAUAGAUGUCUAUGGGCUCCAGUAACCACUUAACACCAGGUGGGCUGUGAGCUCGUCCACCCAUCGAAGGAAUAAAAAAAAAAUGUUAAAGGCAGAAUGCCCGAGCUCGAAACUUUUUAUUUUAUUGCCCUUGUAGGCAGACGAGCAUACGGCCCACCUGAUGGUGAGUGGUUACCGUCGCCCAUGGACUUCAGCAAUGCCAGGGGCAGAGCCAAGCCGCUGCCUACCGAAAACCAGACCUUUAGGCGUGUGUCUCAAUUGUCUAGUUAUUACGCAAAUAGUUUGAUUUUUAUUUAAUCAACUUAUAUUUGUAUACUAGCUGUCCCGGCAGACUUCGUAGUGUCUCAGUAAAUAAAAGACCUAAAGUUUUGUAUAAAAUAAACUUAAAACAAACAAAAGGAAUCCGUCCGACGGGGGGGACAUCAAAGGAAAAACAAAAUUGUCAUUUUUAUUUAAUUCCGAGCAUUUUCAUAUUUAUUUACCUUUUAAACCUUCUCUGGACGUCCGCAAAUAAUUCAAGACCAAAAUUAGCCAAAUCGGUCUAGCCGUUCUCGAGUUUUAGCGAGACUAACGUUUCAGAGCGUUCAGAGCGUUUUCAGAGCGUUAUACCAGCGUACUGCGAUCGCCAACUGACAUAUACUGGUGGCAGGUCGUAACGUAAGUUCGUACUACCAUAAGCUACCAUCAUCCGGCUUAUUUCUGCCGCUUAACGACCAUACGUAGAGGUGGUGCUGGAGACGCCUCCUAAAGAUCCCAUGGAUGGCAUUCCGCACCAAUGCAUCCAUCCUCAAAGAACUCGGUAUCAAAGACCGACUUUCGUCAACAGUGCAACUGAAGGUUUUAAAAUUCUUUGGUCACAUCUCCAGAAAAGAGCACUCGAUGGAGAGACUGGUAGUCCAGGGCCGGGUGGAAGGCAGAAGAUCACGCGGCCGCUCACCGACCCGCUGGACUGACCUAAUAAAGAAGGCAACUGAGUCCACUAUGGUCGAAUGUACUCGUAACGCUUCGAGCCGCCAGACCUGGAAGCGCAUUGCCUGGAGGGCGGUUGUCGGGAGCAUGGGCGACCUAACAGGUCCUACUGCACAUAAAGCGUCAACGCAACCACGACCACUCUGACAAGAGUGUCCGACUGAGAAGAAGAAGAAGAACGACCAUACGUUCCAACUUGUAAGGUGGGGCAGCUGUUGUACAAUAAAAAUGAGCCUUCGAGUUCAUAUAUGGCGGUGUUCACGGUGUGAUGAAACCGCGGUACACCAGGUACCCCGGGGACGUGCGCUCGUGCACUAAUCCAUACAAUCACAAAAUUUCGCCUACGGAACCCUUCACUAUACAUUAUGCGUCACGUACUUGAUAGAUUUUUUUAUAGUUUCUUCUUACACCCGUUAAAGAUCGUGAUACCUACCGCAUGUCAUUCAAAAUACAUCUGCUAUCAACAUCUCUUAAUAAAUCUAAAUCGUAAAAUGAUUUUUUUUUUUUUCAUAGUAAUUACUUUCAGAUUGUGAAUUUUACUACAAUGAUCUUUAUUAAUCAAACUUUCGAAAAAGACAGUCGGAAAGGAAUAAGAUUAUUCAUAUAUUAUUACCAUUUAGUUAAAGAUCUAUUACGACAGUCAAGUACUUGCAAAACUUAAGGACUAUGCUUAAGUACAAUACAAUUUAUCUUUCGCCUUGAAAGUCCAGUGGUUAGUGGUUGUCAUUAUUGUACUAGAGUGUCCAACACCCAACCGGAGUUAAUACAUUUGGUAACUAUAUUUGUUAUUCGGGGCCUGCACUUGCCUGGGUUGCACUUUCAAUUGUUUUGUGUUUGUUCCCACUACACAAAAUCUAAAUGAGAAUACUAGAUUAGGUCAUCAGUGAAAAAACUUCUUUUUAUCUUUACUAUCCGUCCACCUGUACAUUCGCCCGCAUAAACUUAUCUUGAUAUCGCGUGGGCGAAGAUUUGCGCGCAAAGUAGGAUGAAUCGUAACCUAUAUUAUUUCUAAAGGGUUAAACUAUUUCCAAGUCGAAUUUCGUCAAAAUCGGACAUGGAAUUGGGAGCUUCGGGUGACGUCGAGUGUGAACACAAGUGUCUUCGAAGUUUCCCGGUGUUUUAAUUAAUAUUAUUUGUUUAAAUUGCUGUUGACUUGCGCUACUGAUUCGUGUUGGUGUUGGUAUAUAUCUGUUGUGCCGUGAGUGUAAAUAUAUUGUGUUUGUUAUAUUAUUAAAAGGUAAGAAUCAUGGAUGACCCGCACGAUCCCGGGGGAGGUUAUAAAGGACCACGUGCGCCCCACUCACAAAACUUUUCUUCUCAGAUGGAUAUAGAUCCACCCAAUUCCAGAAAACGACCACCACAGUCUGAGGAAAACAUUCCCCCUAAAAAAACGAUUACUAAUCUUUCACAAACUUCGCCGUCGAUUCAGUCCACGUACACACAUCCCGAUUUUGUUGAACGUAAGACCCGAUACUGUGAAGAUGACAUUGCCCCUUUUUUAGUCCACGUUAAUAAGACGGUAACAGAUGUGUCUGCUGGUCCCACCUUGAAACCCAUCAAAUUCGGACACUUUCUAUUCAGAAACAGCAUAAAAAAUGUAAUACAGGAUGGUGUGAAACGCAUUGGCCGCAACAGGGUUUCAGUGGAAUUUAAAUCUGCUGCUGCGGCUAACGCUUUUCUAGAACACCCAGCACUUCAGCCGGCUAAAUUUGAAGCGAACAUCCCAUCUUAUAAUGUUACACGAAUGGGAAUUGUGCGUGAUGUUCCAGUAGAAUGGACUUUAGAGGAGCUGGUCCAAUCGGUAGAAGUUCCUGCUGGCUGCGGUGCAGUCAUUAAAGCACGCCGCUUGAAUAGGAAGAAAAUAGAAAAUAAUGUCCCUACCUGGAUACCUACCCAAUCUGUAGUUUUAACUUUCUCUGGUCAAAAACUUCCAAAUCGGAUUUUCUGCUUUUUUACUUCUCUCCCAGUUGAAGUUUAUGUCCUUCCCAUUAUCCAGUGCAACAAGUGCUGCCGAUUCGGCCAUAUUUCAACGCAGUGCCGAUCAGCCCCUCGUUGCUUUAUUUGCUCCCAACCCCACGAAGGAAUUACCUGCUCGAAGUCAUCCCCUCUAUGCCUGUUCUGUUCCGGCCCCCACUCUGCCACUGACACAUCCUGCCCAGAGCACAGUCGACAAAAAUCGAUCAAAUUAGUUAUGUCACAGGAAAGCAUCUCAUAUUUAGAAGCAUCGGCUAGGUUCCCACAGGUGAGAAGAUCAUUUGCAGAUACUGCCCGAAUGACUCAAUCAUUUCCGUCCACGUAUCCUCCGACAAUCCACACUGAUCUCUCUCAGCCACUCCAUCCCAAUUCUCAGUCCUCUUCUUAUAAGAAGACUGUUAAUAUAGCCCGACGCCCAUAUUCUGCUGCUCUAAGCCCAGGCUACGAUAGAGAAGCCCACUGUCGUAUUGUAGAUACUCCAGCCUCCACCACCCCCAACGGAUGCGCUCUGUUAUCUCCCAACCCCCCUCAACAAGAAAAUCUACUAGAACUUCUCUUGUCCACCCUCAUCAACAUCAUUUCGAAAAUGAAUGAUGUAGCCCUACCGAACAACGUCUAUCAAAAACUGACUCAGCUGAUUUCGAUUUUCAACAAUGUUCCCAACAAUCCUACAGUGGAAUUGUCGCAGCAUUAGAUUAAAAAAAGCUGAACUGAUUUUUCUCAUAAAUAAGCAUAACCCCUUGAUUUUUGCUGUCCAGGAGUCACGCCUACUCCCGGGCUCCCGCUUCAGGGUUCCCGGUUUUGCGUGCCUCCGGGAUGAUAAGAACAACGGAAAAUGCGGUAGCUGCAUUUUAGUUUCGAGAUCCAUCCCAUAUUCCCAGAUCACCCUCCCUCCACAUGACAGUAACUGCUUCAAUGUAGUGGCUGUUAGAGCCUUAGAUAUAUCUUUUUUAUCCGUUUAUAUACCUGAUCCUAACAUGUCCAUCCUAACAAAUCUAUUCUCAAUCAUUGGUGCCCUCCCCCCUCCUGUUGCUGUAUUGGGUGACUUUAACAUCCACCACAGUUCAUGGGGUUGUUAUCAGAAUGAUUCCCUAUCCUCCGCCUUCCUUGACCUAGUUGAUGACCACAACCUCUGCAUCCUCAAUGACGGCUCCCCCACACGUAGAGUUCUUCCUGGCCAGAACCCAAAAUCCGCUGUAGACCUUUCUCUAUGCACUCCAGCCACCUCUUCGCGCCUCACAUGGCUUACGCUGUGCAAUACGCAUGGUAGUGAUCAUUUCCCCAUCCUUAUGUCCUUUCCUGACUCCUCUAAUUAUAUACUCCCUCCUCGCAACCCUCGACUUAAAUUUAAUUUGUCGAAGGCGGACUGGACCCUGUUCUCUCAGUCUGUUGACGCUCUUUUGGUUCAUCUUUCCCCAGUCCCCCAUGAGAACACCCAUGCUGCUUACUCCAUCUUUAGGAAUGCUUUACUUUCAGCAGCAGAGACAGCGAUUCCUACUAAAAACGCUUCUAGGGGUAAAAUCCCAUCACUUCCCUGGUGGGACUCUGACUGCUCUGAUCUAUGUAAACAACGUAAAGAAGCCGAGAUGGAGUACGCGUUACACAUGUCUCCAGCUAAAUACAUAAGUUAUAAAGAAGUAGCUGCAAGGACAGUCAGAACACUAUCUGAACGAAAGAGACUGGGCUGGAACAUGUUUUGUGAGUCUCUUUCUCCCAGUUCCCGCCCUUCUUUGGUCUGGAAUAAUGUCAGGAGAUUUCGCGGAUCCGUAUCUGUAGACCACAAUUCUUCUUCGAACGACCCAUCGGUUUGGAUCGAUUCAUUCUCAUGUCGACUUGCUCCCCCUUACGUUCCCACCUUAGCUGAGUCCUCUUCCCUUCCCCCUCCGCAUUCACCUACUCCUGAUACUCUUGUGGCCCCUUUUUCUCUGGACGAACUAACUGCAGUUUUGGAGUCUCUUAAGGACUCGUCCCCGGGAAUCGAUGGAAUACCUUAUUCAUUCAUUGUCAAAUGUAGCUUUACGUCCAAAUUAAUAUUUCUAAACAUAUUAAAUAAUAUUUAUUCUUUAGGAAUCCCUCCAGAUGAAUGGAAAACCCAAAUAAUCGUCCCUAUCCUCAAGCCAGCAAAACCUAAUAACGAGUCAAGUAGCUACCGUCCCAUCGCCCUAUCAUGUACCAUGAGCAAAAUUUUAGAACAUCUUGUUAAAAAUAGAUUGGAGUGGUUUGUGGAGAGUAGAGGCAUCCUCCCUGCAAGUCAAUUUGGCUUUAGGAAGGGAUUGAGCACUAUGGAUAGCGUAGGUUGCCUUGCAACGGAUAUACGCAUUGCUCUCUCUAAAAGAGAGUCCUUGGUCGGGGUUUUUCUUGACAUUGCAUCCGCAUACGAUAAUGUCCUUCUUCCUGUACUCAGGCAAAAAAUGCUCCAGCUGAGUAUCCCAGAGAAGAUGGUUAACUUCAUAUCUAAUCUAUUUUCAUCUAGAGCCAUUUUAAUUUCUUGCCAAAAUUCUUUACUUCCUCCUAGACUUCUAUGGAAGGGCCUCCCUCAGGGAUCAGUUUUAAGCCCUCUAUUAUACAACUUGUAUACCUACGACCUAGAACUUUCGGUAAAUUCAUUCUGCAACGUACUACAAUAUGCGGAUGAUUUGGCUCUAUACGUCUCAGUCAGGGACUUAGGGGAUGCCUCUGCUCGCCUCAACUCCGCUAUUAACUAUCUCCAUGACUGGUUAGGUAAUCAUGGUCUAUCCCUUUCAGUUGAGAAGAGCAGUGUAGUGACAUUUUCUCGCAUGCGAUCUAUUCCCGACGUCAUUGUCUCGUUUGAUGGCAAAAUAUUCCCAGUGCGAAACUCAGUAAAAUUUCUCGGAGUCGUUCUUGACUCGCGUAUGACUGGUGUCCAACACAUUAACCACAUCAUCAAAAAGUGCGAAAAGAACAUCCAUAUUCUUCGCUCCCUGUCAGGCGUAUGGUGGGGAUCACACCCCUACACUCAAAAACUGUUAUAUAACGCCUUGAUUCGCAGCCAUUUUGAUUAUGGCACUCACAUUCUAGAACCUUGCAAUAAGUCUGCCUUAACCUCCUUGGACAGGAUCCAAUCAAAGUGCCUACGUAUCAUAAUCGGAGCAAUGAAGUCUUCCCCCAUUAACGCCCUUCAGGUUGAAUGUGCAGAACCCCCCUUGCACUUGAGGAGACAAUACUUAUCGGACAGAUUCAUUUACAAAAAUUUUCAGCUUUCUAACCACCCCCUUAUUUCAAAGUUACAUACUCUUUCGGAACACAUCUAUUUCAACAGUUACUGGAAUCAUAAGUCCCACCCAUGCCUCUUCACCAGUUUUGUUAAGUUUAUCAGCCUCCCCUGUCCCGUCUAUCAAUGUAGGUUAAAUCCAUUAUUCCUCACACCUUAUAAUGCAAUUCUAUACCGUCCGGACAUUGUUCUAAAUAUCGGAAUAAAUAAAGAUGACCCCGGUGCAAACGCCAAAUUUAACUCUGUCGUCAAUAGUAAAUGGAACGGUUGGCAUACUAUGUUCACUGACGCAUCAAAAAUAAAAGCUGACGGCUGUGUAGGCUUCGCUGUCUGGAUACCGGAGUACAAAAUCAUUUUAAACUUUAAGUGUCCCCCUCAAGCCUCGGUUUUUACAGGAGAGGCGCUAGCUAUCCUUGAAGCCCUGAUGUAUAUAGAAUCACAUAAGCUACACAACACGGUGAUAUUCACCGACUCUAGAAGCUGUCUACAGGCAAUCCUUGCAAACCAACUCAGAUCCAAGUCAAAACUCCCUUUUGUUCUGAAAAUUAAAGAAAUUCUUUUUCGGUGUCACGUGUCUGGCAUAAAAAUCACCCUAGCUUGGAUCCCGGGACAUAGCGGUAUAGUGGGUAAUGAGGGUGCUGAUCAGUGUUCUAAGGAUGCCACGACAAUAGGUAGUGAUAUUCAUUACACAACCUAUGCACAAGAUCUAACGUCUCUAGCCAAGGCCGAUCUCAUAUCGCGCUGGAAUGAAGCGUGGAACCUUUCGAAGCGCAUUAAAGGCAAACAUUACGCGGAUGUUCAAGACUCGUUGCUCGUUCGGCCUUGGUUUUUUAAAUACAGGAAAGCCAACAAGAGAGUCACGUCCACAAUAUGUAGGUUAAGAUUAGGUCAUGCUUGUACCCCGGUUCACCUAGCUAAAAUAAGGGUCAAGGAUAGCUCCCUAUGUGAGUGUGGGCUCGACGAGGGAUCAGCAGAACACAUUUUCUUUAACUGCCCUAGAAGACCUUCCCUUUACGAAGUUCUACCGGACAUUAUCCCCAGACCGACGAAUUUCAAAUCUUUGUUGAGCCUUGUACAUACAACUUUUGUAAAUAUUUUAUGUGAAUAUGUUCACCAGAAUAACAUUAGACUAUAAGUUGUUUGUCCUUACUAAUCUUCUGACAAUCUUUUCUGUAACAUAUAUAUAUAUAUGUAUGUAUAUGUAUAUAUACAUAUAUUGUUUGUCCUGUUUUAGGUUAGUAAUUCAACAGUUGAUUACUUUGUAAAAUAAUAAUAAUUAAAAUUGAUGUGA